GGAUCUGUGAACGAUCUGCGCGAUCUGCGCCUUCCCUCUCCUUCCUACCUCCUUGCGCACGGUUCAACUCGGUCCAGUCACCCCUCCUCACAACCUCACAACGCUCCUCACCACUUGUCAUCAAUUCAUCCUUCCUCACUGCUACUCUCACCUUUCCGCAUCACUGACAAGCUGGCAGGCAGCGACAACCAGCAGUAGGCAACACGCAAUGUCGCUCCCCAUUCCAUCGCGUGAGGCCCAGGCCAGCAUGGUCACUCCCUAUCAGGAGUGGUCUCCAGGUAAAAUCACAAUCCCCAUGCCCCCGAAGGACAUCGAGCACACCGAGAGCAACGUUCGCAAUGGGCUCGACGGAUGGGACCGCGAUGUUGUCGAGUACGGUCGCGACAGCUACGGUAACCCCUUCAUCGACCUCGGCGUGGACCACACUACUGCGCACGCCGAAGAGCAGAAGCGUGCGCGUAGAGCACGCAAGCAGGUCGCCAACCACAAACUCACACAGUUGAGCCUCGAGGACGCGUUGAAAAUCGGCACUGAGGAUGGCGAGUGGACUGAGGACAGCACCUGCAGCGUCAAUACGGAUAUCUCGAGGCCACCCUUUCAGCGACUUCACGAAGCGAGCCUCAGUUUUUUCCACACGCGCACAAGCCUUUGGAAUAACAUGCGUAUGCGGAGCCAGUGGCACAAGAUGCGCAACGCACUCGGCAUUGUGACUCACCUGCCUGGGCUGCAUUGGCCUGGUUCUGGCGACACCCCUCAAUGGUACUCAAUGACUCAUGCGGCUUGCAGUUCCGCCACCAAGCGCCAGAAGGAAGGGUACAAGAAUUGGGAGAUUGGGGAGAUCUGCCCCCUACUUCAUAGCCCGGAGCGCGCCGUGCGGGAGUUCCUAACCAUCUUGCGCCAAGAGGGUGACUCCAUUUGGAACCCGUCGACCGCGAUUCGCACUGCCGAGAUCUUCGCAGCUUUAAUGGGCUAUCUAAGCUACUACGAGGUUCUCUCGGACGAUCACAUCGCUCCCAGCUUUGAGCGCGCCGUGAAGCUCGCCAAAUCCGGCCCUCGCCUUCUGCGUGAAGCGUUCAGAUUAGAGGAGGAGCUUCUAACAGGCUUCAACCGCGCGUGUUGGGAGCUUACAGGCAGCUCGGAUCUAGUCAGCAAUCAUAGCUUCUCGAUCCUGUCAUCCGACUCCAUGGAGGGAGAGCCAUCCGUACCCGAGGAGGACAGGCCAUCGGAGCCCAACGAGGACAAGCCACUGAAGUUCAAGGUUGGGAAGCCAUCUGAAUUUCCAGAUGAGAAGCCGUCUGAACCCACGGAGGGAAGUACACCCGAACCCGCAGCGGAAGUUUCAUCCGGGUCUCCUGAGCAGCACGCUGAGAAAUGGUCCAGCGGAUGGUUUACUGGCUGUUUUGAACCCCCGAUGCAGCCCAGCAUCACCUCCGAGCAGGCUGCGCGGAUGCUGGGACCUCUGGUCGCUCCGCACCCGGUCGAUUCGGUCCUCCUCAUGAGCCCCAUCACCUACAGCUGCCGCGUUGUUACCGCUGUUUACCCACCAGAACGGCAGGAGGGCCCAGCUUUCCAGUCCAGCUUCUACCGCUUGCGCACUUCUCCUGCUCCGUGGACGGAGGACGAAAUGCUCCACGAGAGAGGCCCCGCUCGAGGCUCCGAGACCGAUGCCAGUGGUGGCAAGGCCUAUGGCGAAGAUGUCGAGAUUGUCGCGCGUCCGUCCGUUGGGGGAGAGAAGGCUACCCUUACCGAGCCGGCCGAGCUCGACAUCUGGGUCGAUGGUGUGGCUCUCGGUCUUGACAGUAAUGUCCACUGGCUCGUUGGUAUGGGUAUCCGCGCCCACUGGGCCCAGAUUGGGGUCGAGAACCAGCACGUCUGGUGGAUCGCCCAUGUGAAGGAUUAUGUGCUCCCCAGCAGUUGGCGGACGCCGGCCGCUGAGCAAGAUGCGACGACCAGGGACCCUCCGCUUCCCUACAACCUGCCGCAAUACCUCAAAGGCGUCGCGGACGGGAAGGAUGCGAAUGUUAGCACUCCGGAUGCGGGGUCUAGCAUGGCGCAAGAGGACGACGCUGCAUGAACCACCUUCUCAGCCAGUCACUUUCCAGUAUUUACGGGGGCUGGCAAUGUCAACGGCAUUACAUGUCAGAGAUUUUUCAGCAUUCAAUGUCCACACACCUUUCCGCCACCUCUCCGCCACCUUCACGCCAGAUCCAUCUAAACUGCAUGAAUCCCAUAAACCUUGA